AGAGGCUGUCGAAAAGAAUUUAAGUGAACAAAUAUCUUAUCUUAGCAACGCGACAACAAGCCAUCAACACGAGGCUGGUAUUUAUGGCGAAGAAAAAAAAUUUCAAUUGGUUUGUGAAGCUACAGCAAAUGUACUUGACAGAUUAAAUUCUUUGACAAAAAAAGAAGCAUUCUGAGUAUCCCAAAUUUUUAUUGUCCCUCUUUAUAUAUAUACAUUUUUGAACAAUGUUUUCACAAUUGUUUAUUAUGUCUGCACGUGGCGAUACAAUAGCAUUUCGAGAUUUUCGAGGAGGACUUACACGAGAAUCACCUGAAAUAUUUUACAAGAAUGUUAAAUCUAACAGUCGUUCCCAUUCUCCAUUCAUUAGCAUCGAAGAAAAGCAUUUUAUUUACAUUCAAAGAUCUGGUUUGUAUUUUGUGUGCGUGACUACCGACAACAUUGCGCCGGUCUUUGCUCUUGAAUUUUUAAACAAAUUAGUAAAUUUAUGUAAAGAGUAUUGUGGUGAGCUGAGCGAGGUUUCAAUUCAAUCAAAUUUUGCGCUUAUAUACGAGUUGCUUGACGAAAUUCUUGAUUUUGGUUUUCCGCAAAACACUUCAACAGAUCUUUUGCACAAUUUCAUAUUUAACCAACCGCUGUGUUUCAAUAAGCGGACCGAACUAAUUGGCUCUGGUCUUUUUGGCGGUGAAAAGCGUCAUAUUCCAAAUUCGUCUGCAAACCGCUCAGUAUUAGAAUUAAAUCGUUCUGACUCAAAAAAUGAGAUAUUUUUGGACGUCCUGGAAAAGUUAGUAGUUCUAAUUUCUCCUAACGGAAGUGUAAUUCGUUCUGAGAUUAACGGUUGUAUAAAUAUCAAAAGCUUUAUAUCUGGUUCAGCUGAUAUAUCAAUUAUUUUAAGUGAAAAUGUUGUUUUUUGUAAUAUGACUGAUUUUGUUUCAAAUUCUUUGGUAAUAGACGAAUAUACGUUUCAUGAGGCGGUCAAUACAGAGCUGUUUGAGCAAAAUCGUCAAAUAUCAUUUAAAUCUUUUAGAGGUGAAUUGACAGUUUUGGAUUACCACAUAUACAGUAACUCAAACCGACCGUUAAAGUUGCAUCCUUUUAUGGAAGUAAUUAACAAUUCAGAAAUAAGGCUUCGUUUAAAACUUGUGUGUGACAUUGCGACUACGCACGGUGCAACGAAUAUUACAGUCUGUGUAAAUGUACCCAAAUCAACUUCUAGAGUUUUACACGAAUCUAGUGAUAUAAUAGAAUAUGAUUCAAAAGAAGGUUUUGUUAAAUGGAAUAUAAAACGUAUUCCUGGUGGAGGAGAAAAACUUUGUUACAUAAAAUUUUUGAUGCCGUCUGUUACACUUGCAAAUCAAAAAGAAAUAGGGCCAGUGUCAUUAUAUUUUGAAAUUCCCUCAUAUGUAUGUUCUAAGUUACAAAUAAAAUCAUUGAGGGUACAAUGCCAUAGUAUCCAGCAGCCUAAACAAUGGAUCCGUUACAUUACACAUACUGAUUCUUACGUUUUUCGUCUAUAAAUUAAAAUAUUAUUUAUAAUCCUGUUAAAAGUAUUUUUUUCCUAAAAUUCUUGCAUUAAAAA